AUGCUGGAUUAUUAUCAAGGCACAAAGUUCCCACACUAGGAAUAACUUGAGGAAUAACUUGAACUCACAACUUUGGUUUUAAAAACAAAGUCAUUAACACUGUAAAAUUCCAGUUAAAACCAUUUACCAGUUUGGCAUUCACUCAAGUAUUAAUGCCUCGGCCCUCAAGAAAAAUUUCGACGCUAUUAAACGCAAAGAUUUUUCGAGUGAAAUUUGAUAUUUGCGGUUUCAAAUCUACGCCAGGUUAAUAAUGAAAACCUUCCAAAAAUGCUCACGUCAACACAAGAUAAACGCUUAACGCCUAUCAGUCAAUAUAAUAGAAUAGACGGCGUUGUAAAAGCAAUCCGUGGGAUGUAUGCUAAUCAUUCGAUAAUCGCGCACUGAUAAGAGCUGUCGAGCGUCGGUUGCGCGCAACUUCGGGAAGGAAAAUGUCGUGUCUUUGCGCCUCGUAUCAUACACCAGAAGCGCGCCAUUCACGCAAUUUGGAUAAAGAACUAUAUUUAGAUAGUUUGCGGGCUUUAAGACUGGUCAAAAUUCUGCUCUUGGGUGCUGGCGAGACGGGCAAAAGUACUUUCGCAAAGCAAAUGCGAAUCAUUUAUGGUGAAGAUUAUGAUAAAAAAGAUUUACUAGAAUUCCGGGAUCUUAUCUACACGAACGUGUUCAAAGCUAUCCAAGUGCUCUGUGAUGCCAGACAGAAGCUACGUAUUCCGUGGGGAAACGAGAGUUACGAGACGAAAGCGCAAGAGUUAUUACAGUGGAAAGUUCCACGUCGCGUCGACCAGAGCGUAUUCGUACAGAAGGUGGAACUGCUGACUAAACUAUGGAAUGAUAAGGGGAUACAGACUGCCUACAGUCGCAAACGAGAAUAUCAGCUGGUAAGUGGAAACAUUGUAUGUGAAUUAGGGGUUAUAAAGAUGCUAAGUUUUGAGACUUUGAGUGUGAAUUUUAAACCUUUUAUCAGAUCUAAGACUAAGGUUAGGUCUGAUCAUAGCCUAUCGAAAGGAGGAUGGCUGUGAAAGAAUAACAAUAUAACUCGUUAUCUAUGUUAGUCAUUCAUAAAUCUGGUCCUUCACCGUCACGUGUGUAUUGUAUUUUUGCCAAAUCCACCAAUAGUAAUUUUCCAGUUUUCGCUAUUGCUCAAGUCACGGAUAGGUAACUUUCCUAAAACAUUGCUAUUGGUUACUCGGGCAAACAUUACAAUACACACGUGACGGUGAAUGACCGUAUUUACGAAUAAACGUUGACUACCGUAGAUAAUGAGUUAUAUUGUUAUUCUAACGAGUUUCACAGCCAUUUUCCCUUCGAUAGGCUAUGGUCUAAUAUAUUGUAGAAAAUUCACACUGUCUGGAAUUUUCAUUUACUUGGCUCCUCCACAAGGAGUUAUUUCGAGUGUGCAUGUGGCAUGCCCAAAAUCCUGAAUUGGGGUUAGUUUGAGGAAUAGUAAUAUAAUUUAAAUAGUAGUAUAAUGGAAGAUACCGCUACGAAUAAUAAUAGUAUCUUGUGGUCUCACUAUUUUUGAGUUAUCUGCAAGCGAUAUGCGAUGAUAUUUCGAUUGAUAUAAAGAUGCAUAUCGAUUAUCGUGUAUUGAUAGCUGUAUUAUAACACAGAUAGUUCGUGUAUUGCCAUAUAGGUAGUAACUCUUGAGAGCGCAAGAUCUGCCGUUAUUUCAAGAAUGUUCCGUAUUAUAUUUCUCAAAAUUGUCGACUGGAAUUACGGAUUCCAGUUUCUAAAUAGCUAGGUUUCAGGAAGCGUUGAAGGCCAGCUGAGAUAGUGAUCAAUCUCUGCAUGUUGGCCGCCAGCUUUAAAAAUGCUGUUGGCGCUUUAGGAAGCGGCAAAUUAAACUGCAUCUCAAUUAGCAUUUCUCGCGUUUGGUUUAUCUGCCAUUUUGGGGGUACUGGCGGCUCUCCUGACCCUGAGGGUGUAAAGACCGCGAAAUGCGAAGUUUCAUGAGUGUAUAAUGAUUGAUGAUAAAUUUACCGUUAUAACUUUGUAAAGUCGCUUUUUAGUCUAGAUUACCCUACACUACCCCCCCCCCCCAAAAAAAAAAAAAAAAAAAAAAAAAAAAGCGUAUAUUGGCGGAUAUUAGAAAGGCUAAUUCUAUUUGUUGACUAUGAAAUACAAGUCUACUACAUAUAAUGAAAAUAGAAAACAUUAUUCUGGCAUGGUAGUUGACCACCAUCUGCUGCGCGAUUGUGGUUGGUGAAACUCGCCCUAUAGCAGUAAGUUGGGGAAGGGUAUCUUUGAUGCACUUCCUAAAACCAAAGCAGGCACUCUUUAACAAAGUUGAGGCCAAUAGAAUGGUACCCACAGAACAGACUAAUUCAACACACACAAUAGGACGUAUAUGCCAACACUGCGAGUAAAAAAAGCUGAGUAGUAUGUAUACACGCGGAAAUAAAAACAGCAUUACGUUCAUUUAAUAAGGGUGAUGACAUAAGAAUACCAAAUAUGCAAACGAUACCGUGUUAUUGAAAUCAUUCUAACAAAUUAACCGCAAGCUUGAUUCAUGAGAUAUAUGGCUUUAGGUCAGUAUGGCAUAGGCGCACAAACUAACUCAAAGACUAAUUUGCAUACAGUGCGUUAAGUAGUGUAAAAUUGUCAUUAUAAAUACAUGCGGGCACUAGGCAUGAAAGAGUCAGCAUGUCUAUGAUGUCUAAAACAGAUUUCAUCACAGUUGAACUGCCAUUAAGUUCAAUAUCAUCGCAAUUUCGCGUUGACUUGAGAUGUGCAUUAAAUGCUUGAUGUUUUGAGGACAUUAAUGAAACAUUUUAUAUAUGACAGUAAUGCUAGCUCGCUAGUACAUAUAUACCAUGGAAUGGCAUUCUAAGCCGUGUAAAUACUGUGAGACUCCAAAAGCAAAUUUGGUGGCGUUCCAGAUUUGAGCGUGUCGGAAAUAUUGUCCCUAUAAUUUGCUUUUAAAUGUUUAAUUUGCAUCGAGGUAAAUAAAUAUUUUCUCAGCUGUCAUUAGACUGGGACACAUCGUAUUUAAUUAUAGAAUGAAACUAAAUGAUUACUUGUACUGGAUACUGAUUAUAUUAGUUCUAAACUGUUCUUUUAGGUGUGUUUACACUACGAGCCUAAGCCUGGCCUGGGCCUACCUUUGGACUAGAUUUUUGUUGUGUAAACACACUUCGGUCUGGCCUAGGCCAGGAAAUCUGGGCCCAUCAGAACAGGUGACCACGAUUUCCUGGCCUAGGCCAACCCGAAGUGCGUUUACACUACAAAAAUCUAGUUCAAAGCUAGGCCUAGGCCAGGCUUAGGCUCGUAGUGUAAACACGGCUUUAGAGGUCCAGUAAGAGCCAUUCUUUCUUUAUUGGUCCAUUGUUACAACAGGAGGAAACAUGACAGACAUUGGAAGCACUCUUUUCACAUGAAACUACAAAUCCUGCUUAUACUGAGUACAAUAAAUGUUCUCUGAAAUUAAAAGAUAAAAAAAAACUUGACACUGUACGACAUGUAGCGUGAGGUGUGAUAAGCUGCACAAGUUGCCAAUCUCAUUAUCGUGUCACGAAAAGAUAAGACACAUAAACAUAGACUAUUAUGAUAACAAAAACAUCCAAUAUUUAAUUAUUGUUAACCUUAUUACACCACCGCUAUUAGACACAAGAAUCUAUGAAGGCCAGGCAGUUAGUUAGUUGGUUAAUACUUUAGGCCACAUAAAAAAAUUACUUGUUUAGCGUCCCCGCCCGACCUGAUAAAAGUCCCCGACCUCCAAUUUUUUUUUUUUUUUUUUUAAAUCCGUCCGAGUUUAGUGCAAAAACUCUCUAUAAAAAAGACCGUUUUACUUGAAAAAAUGGUGAUUUUAUUCUUCUGGGAGCUAUGUAAUACGUUUACUCCUUCCUCGCAGCUAAAGUGUUCGCGCGUGACCGCCAAACGGUAUAUUCAUUUCUGUUUUAUUAAAAACAUGAACGGUAUUAAAAAACAUGAACGGAUUUUGAAAGAAUUAAAGUGAGUUUUGACUGUGGUAACUGCCUCCUCCGCAGGCCCUUACUGUUUGUAGAUCAGUGUAUAUAUAGACAUAUCAGUUUAAUAUAUAGAUCAGUGGCUGAACAAAUCUGUUGUGAUGCAUGCUGGGAAGACGAAAACUCCUCCCCUUCCCAUCGUCCCGCGCGCCCCCAUUAAUUUUCGUCUUUUACUAAUUAAUUAUUUGAUAGCAAGCGACUGGGGACGAGGCAGCUGUGGUAAUAUACUGGAUUUCCUGCAUUUAGCAGAAUUUUGUGUUGCAUUUUACGAAAAAAAAAAAAAAAUCCGCCCGCCCGACCUAGGAAAAUUAAAAUGGGUGGACGCUAAACAAGUAAUUUUUUUAUGUGGCCUUAUUUAAAGAGGGAAAAAACAAUAUUUACAUAGUUCCCACUAAGGUAUUCUUCCCUAUAUGUUCCUCAUAUACAUAUACUGCAACAGGGCUCGAAGUAGAGAAAAAAUAUGGCCUGCCAGUCUAAACAUUUUUGGUAGGUGAAAUAAAUUUUAGCCUGCCAUUUUUAUUCAUUGAACUGCCAAAAUGGCGAUGUCUCAUAUGAGUCAUAUUGUAAAAAUCAAUGUUUUCAUGAUAUGCAUUUUUAUUAUUUUUAAACUUGUCUAUUUUACUACAGUAAACGUGGAUUUACAUUUCAAGUAUAUAAACGUAUUUAUUCAACUAAAUGAGCUAGUAUAUAUUGAGUUGUGGCAAGCAAAUUAAUUAAAUAUAUCUAUAAAAUUUCACCUGCCAUUUUUUUUUACUUGGCAGUUCAAAAUUGUUUUUGCCUGCCAUUUCUAAGAUAUGGCCUGCUUUUGGCCAUUGACAGCCCGCUAUUUCAAGCCCUGUACUACAAGUAUAUACUGUAUAUAGUUUCCAUUUGGUAGCUAGCGUUAGCACAGUGAUCAGAGCCAGAGGCACAGGUUUACAUAGAGCCUAGAGGGCGUAUUUCAGCUACAUCAGCCCUUGUAGAAACAUCGCGCUUAUAACUGUCUGCCGGAACCUUAGAAAUGAGAAUGACCUAAACGCAUUUUUCCAAUGAUUUGCGCGCAACCGCAAAGCGCAAUGUGGGAACAUUUUUGCGCAGAAGAACGGUCUUGACGCAAAAACAAGGCUAGCAAUCCUAGCAUAUCAAAAUAAAUAUUCAGUAAUCCGAUUAUUUCGCCAAAUUCGUCUAAAAAAAACUGGCAAGCAACACCGAAAAUGUUGCCAAAUGAAGAUUAAAUAUAUUUACCGUGAUUAUUGCUCAAUACCAUGAGCUCCAUGAGAUAUAUAUUUAAGAACUGAAAAAUUAUGGCUAAAAGCUAUGCAGCAUCUCGAUGAGAUAUUUAAGUAGUGAAAAUUUAUGUCAUGGGAAAUUCAGCACGACUUAUCUGUUUUCACAUUCUCAUUGCAAAGAGUGUUGAAGGCCAAUCGAAGCGUGUAUUCUGGCACGCAAUAUUUGCAUCGACUUUUACAUAACUGAUACUGGAUAGCUCUGUCAGUUCUAAACUAUCUUGUGUUAGACAACAUGUUACAUUGCAUGUUCUAAAUCCGGGUCAUAGAGGUGAAGAGACUUCUACUAUUAAACAUUGUGCCACCAGUAUUUGUCCUCACUGUACUUUAAGCUUGCCUUUUCGGCUUCACUAAUUAACUUAGUCUCUGGUUUCAGAAAACAGCUUUCUUCCCACAUAUUUCGAGAGCUUUUUUAAUGAGCUUUAAUAAGAUUUGCAGACAUUUGCGUCAACUUUAGUCGUAUUUCCUGAAACUCAAUAGCCACGACUUCCUGGAAGUAGUCUGGCUGUAUUGUUGCCAACAUUUUCUCGAUCGUUUUUUUCACAAUGGAAUGUUGUAUUAUUUUCCCAGCCAGAUUCCACCAAGUAUUUCAUGGAAAGACUGAGUGAGAUCAAACAUGAGGUAAGUGAUUAUUGAUUUUGAACACCAUAUAUAAUACCAAUGCCAUACCAAAGAAACCACACCAUACCAAUACCAUAGCAUACCAUACUACCAUACCAUACCAUACCAUACCAUACCAUACCAUACCAUACCAUACCAUACCAUACCAUACAAUACCAUACAAUACCAUACCAUACCAUGCCAAAUCAUGCCAUACCAUACUACAACAUACCAUGCCAUACUGUACCAAACCAUACCUUACCUUGGCAUAACAUGCCAUACCACACCAUACACCAUACCAUACCAUACCAUACCAUACUGUACCAUACCAUACCACACCAUACCAUAAAACUAACACGUCAUUUUCACUAGGACUACCUUCCGACAAAAGAAGACGUAUUACGCUCGCGAAAAAUCUCGCGGGGGAUCACAGAAUACCACACAGAAGUAUCCCGAGUCCCUUUCAUGUUUGUGGACGUGGGUGGUCAGCGGCAUUACCGUCAAAAAUGGGUAGUAUGCUUCGAUGACGUCACCACCGUGCUUUUUUUCGUUUCCGCAAGCGAAUACGACGAGGUUUUGGCGGAAGAUCGACAAACAAAUCGCCUCCAAGAGUCCCUGGAACUUUUCGGCGAUAUUGUGAACAGUCUUACUUUUGCUAGCACGCACGUGAUAUUGUUCUUCAACAAAACUGACCAAUUACAGACUAAGAUUCAUAACUCAAACAUUAAGCUUUAUUUUCCAUCGUUCAGAGGUGAUCCACGGAACGAGUCGGACGUAAAGAGAUUUCUUUACACCAUGUUCGAACGCAAACGAAUGGAUCAGUCGAAAACACUUUUUCAUCAUUUUACCACGGCCAUCGACACGAGUAAUAUAAAGUUUGUUUUUGAGGCUUGCAAACAGAUAAUUUUGCAGUCGAAUUUGGAUAAUGUUUUACUGUGAGGAACGGUAGCUCGAAUAGGGUAUAAUUUAUUGUAUGUUAUGUUAGGCGCUUCUAUUGUUUUCGAUGCUAUGAAACCGAUCGUCUUGCAGUCAAAUUUGGAAAAAAGUAUUAUCAUUUAUGCAUACAAAAUUCACAAUGAGUUUAAUGCUAUUAGACUGGGCCUCGCCUCCCAGUGCUGGGUCCCAUAGGCUUAGAGAAGACGUGAGCGCAACAUUUUAUGCUUGUGUGUUAGAAUCCAUAAGUAGGCCAAUAAUGUUGUAAUUUUGCAUGACAAGCACAGUACAAUUGAAAACUUGUUUGAUCAAUGAUGACGCUGCAUGAGACGCGCCUUAUUGUAAGAUAUUGAGAUUGACGCGCCUUAUUCUAAGGCAUAAGAUAUUGUAUAUAGCUUCAAUAUUUCAAGCUUGAAUUAUCGCCUUAGAGAAGACGUGAGCGCAACAUUUUAUGCUUGUGUGUUAGAAUCCAUAAGUAGGCCAAUAAUGUUGUAAUUUUGCAUGACAAGCACAGUACAAUUGAAAACUUGUUUGAUCAAUGAUGACGCUGCAUGAGACGCGCCUUAUUGUAAGAUAUUGAGAUUGACGCGCCUUAUUCUAAGGCAUAAGAUAUUGUAUAUAGCUUCAAUAUUUCAAGCUUGAAUUAUCGCCUUAGAGAAGACGUGAGCGCAACAUUUUAUGCUUGUGUGUUAGAAUCCAUAAGUAGGCCAAUAAUGUUGUAAUUUUGCAUGACAAGCACAGUACAAUUGAAAACUUGUUUGAUCAAUGAUGACGCUGCAUGAGACGCGCCUUAUUGUAAGAUAUUGAGAUUGACGCGCCUUAUUCUAAGGCAUAAGAUAUUGUAUAUAGCUUCAAUAUUUCAAGCUUGAAUUAUCGCCUUAGAGAAGACGUGAGCGCAACAUUUUAUGCUUGUGUGUUAGAAUCCAUAAGUAGGCCAAUAAUGUUGUAAUUUUGCAUGACAAGCACAGUAC